AUUUCAAGGGUUUAAUUUUGACAACCCUAGGCAUUCCAUUCCUAAAAAUGAUUCAAUAAUGCACUUUAUAUUUUUAAGAAAAUUUCACUUUAUUUCAAAUUUUUAAUUAUAAAAAAAUUUGUAAGCUGAACUUACCUUGGCCGAUGUUGUCGCCUAGUUAUCGAGUUACCUUGGUCGAUGUUGAUCGUAAUUGGCUCAAGUUAUUCCUGUCCAAAUUGCUCCUUUCGUUUUUUUUAUUUAUUUAUGAGAGCCUUUCGUUUUCCUAUCUUUUUUUAAUCAACCUUUUUCUUCCAUUUUCCAAUUACGAUCACAUACUAAUACUAUACAAUAUGGUACUUGUCCCAUGUUAUCUCAUUGACAGAAAAUCUUGAUUGAUAAUGACAUUUUAGCUUGACAAUUAGGACUAUUAUUUUCUCUCGCUUGUUAUAUUAUCCUUUUCUACAUGAUUGAUUUAAGGCGAAACUUUAAACAAAUGGGGGCAACUAUUUGGUGAUUUUAUCCACAGUUUUCUGCCUAACAAUGGAAAUAAGAAGAUAAGAUUUAUGUGUUUCAAAAAUUAUACAUGUAAACCAAACACAAAACACAUGUGUAUGCACUCUUGAUCAAGUAUAUAUGUUCAUCAAUCAUUUUUGUUUUCUGAGGUCCUGGUGAUUGGAAAUAAGUAAAGUCUUGUGGAAAAUGAAUGAUUUUUUAUAGAAUUUAUUUAAUUGAGACAUUUGAACAUUUUGUUAGAAGUUUUAUAGCAAAAUCAAAAUAAAUCGAGAAUGAUUAUUAUUAGAAUUAAAACCCAAAGGCGAUUAAUCUGCAACGGAUAUUUUAGUUGGAGGUUUCCUGAGGACAAGCUGAUUUGGAGGUGGAUUAGGUCAGGAGGGUACUCUGUGAAAAGAGAAUACCAUAUUGCGGAAUGAUAAAAAAAAGAGGCCGAAAGGUGGGCAUUUGACGCGAAGGGAGUGCCUAGAUAGUUCAAAGUCCUUGAUUAUUUGUUACAUCAAAUAUGUCUCUCUACUAUUUUUUACAUCAGAUAUUGCCUUGUAUUUUGAAAAAUUAUCAAAUAUACCCUUCUGUUAAAAUUUCCAUUGAAAAAAUCGUCAAUCAUGGUUGAAUUGAGAUUUAGACAACCCAACAUUGACAAAUGGGAGGGAAAAUGUCAAUUUUGUCCCCUGUUUUAUUUCAUUGGGUCUUUUCAAAGUGAAAUUAUUUGAAUGAUUUGAUUAUACAAAAGAACCAAAAAAAUUCUAAAGUGAAUUUAUUAGGGAUAUUUUAGUAAUUUGUGUCGCCCAAACUAAAGUUCGGCGUUGGUUAACGGUUUUUGGAUGAAAAUUUUAACAAAAAGGCAUGUUUGAUCAUUUUUACAAAUGACAUGGGCAUAUUUGAUGUAAAAAAUAGUAGAGGGGCAUGUUUGACAAAACGUCAUAAUAGAAGGGUAUAUUAUACCUAUAAGGCUAUAACCCUUCCUUAACUAUUAUGAUUGUAAGGUUAUAAAAUACGACAAAAUAUGAAGAAACGCAGUUUAUUAUUUUGCAACAUUCACCAUCUAAAAGCAAAUGAAAAUCAAAUGAAAAAAGUGCAUAGAUUGUUAAAUUUAUGAGACGGCAAACAAAAGAAAUGAAAAUAAUUCAAUUGCAACAAAAAUUUGAAAUAAAAUUAUCAAAAAAUUGAAUUAUGCAUAUGCUAGAAAGAGGUUGUUGAAGCUAAAUUAUGGGGUCCUAUGUGGACCUAAAAAGAUAACACAUGAGGCCACAAAUCAAGAAAGUUUACAUCUUGAUGGGAGAAGUUUAUUAAUGUUUGUGAUUUGUGAAAAAAACAGUUGUGAUUACUUGAUUAUUGAGUGUGAAAGACGUUGUCAAAAUAAGUUAAUCAUUAUGAACUGAUUAAAGGUAAUUUCUUCUGGAAGUAAACGUGCCAACAAUUUUUUGAAAAGACUCAAAAGAACUGCCGAAAAACGUAUGAACUUAAUUCAUUAAAAAUACAAAUUUUUAGGAUGCAUACAUAUUUCUAAUGUGAUGUCAAAUGUCAACAUUGAAAAUUAGAUGUAUACGCAUAUUUGGCAAUUGGUAGUAUCAAUUAUUCUAUAUUGUUUACCAAAAAAAAAAUUAUUCGAUAUUUUCUAUUAUUAUCACCUUCAAAAAGUGGUUGCAAAACCAUACCGUCACAACGAUUUUACCAAAAAAAUUGUCUACUAGAGUUUAAGUUGGUAGACAAUAUUAGUUGUAUGAAACGGUAACCACGAUGUAAACUAAAAAAUAUUAUAUCAUUAACUUUUAUGUACGAUUUAUGUGCCUUACAAUCCUUGUUGUUCAUGUAAGGGUGGUUAUUUUUGUUAAUGUGUUUUUUGUCAUUGUAUGUAUGUAACAUAACUCUAUAAAUUAUAAUAGCUCGAACUCUUGAAUAAAUAUAAAUUUUUAUGUCGUUUAUAAGUGUUAUUCAUAAAACUUAAAUAAGUUAUCCCCACCAAAAAGAAAAUUGGCGAUAUACACUUGUGUAGCUAAAACUUUCGUGUUUGUGCCAAUAAUAGCAAAAUUUGGUGAAAUACCACUAAUAGCCACCUUUUAAAGUUGUUGUAGGACAAAUAUAGCCAUUUCCGUUAGAAAUUUUAACGUUGAUAACAGCGUCAACUUAUUUGACGGUUCGCUGACUAGGCACCAACUCAUCGGACACAUCAGCGCCAAAUAAGCAAAUAGUGACACGCAAGAUAUUUAAAUUAUUUAUUAUUUACAUAUCAUAAAACAAAAUUAUUCUUUUUUUACCCUUAUAUAACCCCCAUCUACUUCGCACGAGUCACUACCCUUCUUCUCAAUUUUUGAUUGAUUCCGAAAUUAAGGUUCUUCCCCAAAUCAUCCUUCCCAUUCGGCGAUUACUCCUCCCCAUUCUCUGCCGAUUCGCGGCCCUCGGAUUCGGCGAUUACUCCUGCCCAGAACUUCAAGCGGCGAUUCCUCAACUUCGACUAGCAUCACAAGCGAGCAUCCAUUCCGGCUCUCACUAUAGUUGCUCCUCCCGCUGCGAACCCACCCCCGUCGACCAAAGCUGUUCGGAAGAGAAUCCUCUUUAUGUGUCUUCGAGCCAACAAUCCCUCUUUUCGGGCGAAAAGCUCCACCUAGACGCCUCUCUCAACCGGGAAGAAACCUAGAGCCAAUACCGAAAAUGGAGGGAUCUAAAUCCCAGUUGCCUGAUAAUCGAUUGGAAAAGGGAUUUAUGACCAACAUAUCUCAAUAUGCGAAGCUCGAAUUCUAAGGCAAGAUGCAAAAUCUUGAGACACGGAUUCGGGCCGAUUCUGAGUAAACGCAAGGGGAUCCGGCAGAUCGACUUGCCGUGGAACUUUGUCGACCGGAUUCGCUUCAGCCUCGGCCCCCUGAUUCCUCCCUUUCUUUUCUGUAGAGUCCUGGGGCAACGAUGCGUCGAGCUUUCCUUUUCCCCGUCCGAAUCCAACAACGAUUUGGAUGCAAAUCUCUAUUUGACAAAGGCAGGUCGCCAAUAUGGAAUCGAGAGAUACAAAGAGGCCGACAAAUAUAAUGCAACCUGGCAAGGGGAGUGAUGGUGAGUGGUGUUGUCGGCGGCUGCGGUGAAGGUUGGGAGGACAGUGGGACGAAGAGAAAGAAGGGAGAACACAUCAUUUAUUUUUGUUUUAUUGAUUUAUUUGCUUUCUUUUUAGUUUUCACAAAUCAAAAUAACCUUUUGAAAUUUUAAUAUUCUAUUUUGAAUCUUUUUCAUUUAUUUACGUGGAAUUGUUGCUAACAAAAUAUUGUCACGUCAGCUUUUCCGUUAAUAUAGUCAGCUUGUAAUCUGACACCAUUAAAGAAUUAAACAAAUGUGACUAUUAGUGGUGUUUAUUCAAAUUUUGACUAUUACUGUCACAAAUGCGAAAAUUUUGACUAUACAAAUGUAUAUUGCCGAGAAAAUUCGAUAAACCCUAUGCGUUUUGUAUGCACCCGGGAUUCAAAGUGUGAGGUAAGCUUAAAGUUUUGGAGCUUCAUUGCCUCGCCGGAAAGGAGCGUGAGGGGAAUUAGGGAAGGUACCGUGUUUUUUUUUUAACCGACUGUCAGCACAUUAUCCGACUAGGAUUGGAUCUCGUCCACGUGGAGACCAAUCAUUGGUUCGUGAGAUUUUUUUUCUCCAAAUAUUGCAUAGUCUUCUUGGCUCUAUCGGCCGGCCGACUUCUUUGAUCUGAAAGAGUAUCUAAUAGCUAGUCACCGCAUGUCUUGCUGCUAGCGAUUCGGCGACGGUGAAGCGUACGGUGGAGCAACGAGCUAUAGCUUCACCGGAGGUUCUUUGGGGUGGCAUGAUGAUAUUUGUUCUUUACGUUAAGGAAUUCACACACAAUCUCUCGGAUAAAACUGAAACGGUUCAUAGUUAUUGAAUUUGGUUGUAUCGCAAAUUAGAACGUUCUUGUUUUCGUUAAGAAAAAAACAAUAAGAUAAUUCAUUUAAAAAAAAUUAUAGUACUCUACCAACCCAAUCCAACCGACCGACCGGCAGUGACGGAGCCAGUGCAUACUAAGGUGGGUCCCGGGACCCACCUUGGCUCGGGAGAAAAUAUGUACGCCUAAAUAAUAAGGAUUAAAAUCAUACCAAAAGUCAAUAGUAGGAUAUUUUAUGUUGAAAACGUGGUUUAAUCGUGGUACAACCAUUUCAGGUUUAUUCAAUAUACAUCGCCAAAACUUUCUUUUGUUGGAAACUCGUUAGAUUAUUUUUAUCCUAAUAAUAAAUUCAAUACAUAAGGUUUUAAACCUCAACUAGAUUAUUAUAUGUAUACUUUGACGUGAAUAUAGGCUAGCUAUUGUCUAAAACUAUAUAGAAUUAUGAGUUUUUUUUUUUCAAAUCAUGGUAACUGAAAGAAGUAACUUAUUGUUGUUGCUAACUAAGGAUCCUAGUGAAAUGACAUUUUCAAUGAGCCACGUGAAAACACUCUUCGGUAUCUAAUGGGUGACAAAAUCAUGAAUGAUUCUUGUAUAGGAUAUAUUGACAUCGAUAUCAUAUGAAUAGAAGUUCGUCAAUAUAUGAGAACACAUUAUGGGGCACUGCAAUGACUCAAAUUUUUCUUGUAAUAUAAAAUAAAUUCGGACACACCUUACAUAAAAUCCUGGCUACGCCACUGCGACCGGCCGGAUGACACUCACGCUAGGUAUGUAUGCCUCUUAGAAGAUCCUCCAUCUUCCAUAAACGUGAAUCACCCAACGAAAACACAGUUUAAAAAAUUAUUUAUUACUACACAUUUUAAAAAGACUUACCUUACCAAUGUCAUGUUUCAUUUGAGAGUUCAAAUACAUUAUUAUUCACACUAAAACAAGAAAGUUGUCUCUGUCAUCCUUGCAAAAGACAGGGGAGAAAAUCACAUGAUUGAACAAAAUUGCUUGGGAAUAACAGUAAUACAUGAAAAAGAAGACUAAAUAGAGGGGUGUCCUCUAAUUAUUAUAGGUAAGACCCAACAAUGGCAAUGAGAGCCCACAGAGAGGAAUACAAUAAUGAAUUAUUGCUUGCUUCGGUUGGGGAUCAUUUUCUUCCCAAAAAGAAAAUAAUAUUAAUAACAAGUAGCCUCUUUUUUUUUUUUUUUUUGUCCUUUCUUUCUUGAUUUAGGUGGUGUUGUCAGCUGUGAUGUUGUUUAUGAUUCCUUGAUUUUAUGUUGCCAUAAGGGGAAAGAUACUAUGUGGGAUACGAUAAAAAAGAUGGUUUGUUCCUUUUCUUGUCGUGAAGGAAGGCUGGCUUCACCAUCAGUGAUAGUGAAUCAGCUAUAACAAAUGGACGGCCCCGAUCGAUUGCAAGUUUGUGUGUGAAAAUGUCUCUUUUUAAUUUGAAGGUGACGGAAGAAAGACUCUCGAGUCGACUGGUUGCAAUUUGUGGUAAUUUACUUUUAUUUAUAGCAAAAAAAAAAAAAAAAGAUGACUGAUAAGUGACAAGUGACGCUGACACCUUUGCUCGAUCGCUCUGUCUCCAUUAAGGUUUCUAUCUUCGACUCCCUCCACACGAUUGGUAGCUCGACUUUUUUUUUUUUUCUCCAGCUCUAUGGCCUUUGGUUUGCCUAAAAUAUCCUCUCUCGAAAUUAUUUGUUUAUUCCAUAGCUGUUCUCCAUUUCACCAUAUCUCGUGAUCCACGAUUGUAUGGUAAUAUGAUCUAAACUGCAAAUACGCCGAGUUGAGUCGAGUUGAGUUAUACUGCAGUUUGAUCUCGGCGAGUUCAGCUUGUUUAUUAACGAGUCGAGUCGAGUUAGCUUGUUUACUAAAAUUCUAGCUUUUAUUUUGUUAGCUAAUCUCAUAUUAUAUUUUUUUGGUAUCAUAUAUCAUUUAGUUAAUAAAUUUUAACUACUCCAAAUCAUAUUAUUCCAUAGUAUCGAAGCAGUUUAUGAUACAUAAUUUUUUUUAAAUAGAAAAUAAGAUAUAUUUGCUCACAUACUCAAUGUGUUAAACUUUAUAUAUGACGAGAUAUAUAAUUUAACAAUCAUAUGAAUUAAAAUCAUAAGAUAUAGAUUGAUUCGUCCAUAAGUUGGAAAUCGAGUUAGCUCUCCAUCCACAUGUUGAGACAUAUCAUGAGCUCUAAACGAGCCAGCUCACGAGUUUAGCUCAACAAGCCACCGACCAAGUCAAGCUAGCUCGCGAGCUUCACGAGCUAAGCAAAACUUAGCUCAUGUUCGGCUCGUUUAUUAACGAGUCGAGUUUCGAACGAGUUUUUCUCGAGUCGAACACCGAGCAGCUCGGCUCAUUUGCAGCCAUACUCAUAUCGUGAAUUCGUAAAUGUUGCAUGUACGAAUUGGUACAAUCGACAAUAAUAAGUAUAAUUACGGCCAAUAAAAAGAUAAAGAACACGGAGAGUUACGUAAUUCAUCUUGAACACUCUACAAUCAUUAGAUAAACACGAUGAUGACACAUAUUAUGAAUAAAAUUAUCAUCGUAUCCAUUAAACAAGAAACGCUUUUGUGUCUGCUCGAGCGGUUCCCAGCCUCUGUAAUAAGCAUGAUAUAUAGUUGGAGUAAGGGGUGAACCCGUUUUCCUUUGGUUUGACUCAACGAGGUGUAAUGUCAACUUUGCCACUACACAAACCUUCAAGUUGUAAGUACUGUUUUUGCACUGUGUUCAGGUUGUAUGUUUUUGGUGGACGGGGCUAAUAAGUAAUAUAAUAUAUAACUGUGUGGUUCAGUCGGCAGAACUUCGAAGAGCCUCCCAGCCGUCCGAUUCACUAAAUAUAAGCAUUUCUAACUUUUCUCUUUCUCUUUUCGUUUGUGAGGGUGUCGCAUAAUAACACACCAUAAUCACGUGGGCCCCGGGGUGGGCCCUAGUAGAGGAUCCCAAAUUUCUACUUAUGGAAACUACUGGGAUAGCAAAAUUAAUUACUUAAAAAUACGACGGUUUUUUUACCCAAUUUAGUCCGUUCUGAAUAUCAAUUCAGGUUUUUUCGUUAGUGUACUAUGUAUUUAUCAAAUUAUAUACGUAUCAGUCCGAAUGUCAAAUUGUUGCAUAGCUCGAUGAGUGGUCACAUUUGGUCUUGAUGCACUUAUUGAUUAUUAUUUUUUUUCAUUUGGGGAGUUAAAUUAUGUUUAGUAGCUAUGCUGAUUUGACCUAGCUAAGGGACUAUAUGGGGAUAUAUGUCUCUACGUGGCGCUUUAUCCAUCAUGUAUAUAGGGUGAAUAAUUGGACGCAAUACCAUUUUACAAGAUGGCCUUUGUAUGUAUAUGUUAGUGGUCCGACAGUGGAAUUCCUAAUAUGGCAAUGCUCACGAGUCACACACACAUUUUCUUUUCUUUGUUUGGCUGCCAAAUCAGGGAACGGAUCAUGUCAGUAACUUAUGGUGAGUAACCAUGAGUAACCAGCCCACAUCAAAUGACAUCAGCAUCCUCUCUCUCCUGGAAAGUCUUUAAUUUUCGCCUCUUUAAUUUUUGACGGACGAGUUCUCACUCAUUUUAAGUCGAAAUUUAAUUUUUUUUGCACAAUUAGAUCAGAUUAAUUGUGCUCUUCAAAAUGAUAUCCACUUUAAUAUAUUUUUCAAACAAAAAAAAUUGAGUCAUUUUUUACCAGUCUAUCCCAUAUGGUAUUGACUGGUAUUGAAAUAAAAGCAUACCUAUGGUUUGAAAAAUGUACCAUGGUGGUAUGAACAAACCAAGACUGUAGGAUGGUUGAAUACAUGAUAGUAGAAGUAUAUUAAUUGUCAUUUUCGACUUUUAACAUUGUAUACCACACAAUACCACCCCGUACCAGGGUGGUAUUGUAUGGUAUUGUGUGGUAUUUUUGGGUCCUGUAAUUUGUUCACCCGGAAAUUUGUAGAUCCAAUAGAUCAUGAUGAACUCGUCCCUUCUGUGCAAACGUUUACAAAAACGAAUUAAAAACGAAGAAGAUACCAUACAAUACCACCCCGUACCAGGGUGGUAUUGUAUGAUAUUGUGUGGUAUUUUUUGGUCCUGUAAUUUGUUCACCCAGAAAUUUGUAGAUCCAAUAGAUCAUGAUGAACUCAUCCCUUCUGUGCAAACUUUUUCAAAAACGAAUUAAAAACGAAGAAGAUACCAUAUGGUAUGCAGUUGGUACCGAGAGGCCAGAAUUUUUUUUUUCUAAAAAAAUAUUGAAAAUUGU